AUGACAUCUCCAGACAACAACCUUGAGUUUCUAAUAGCUAAAGCAACAGACCCUUUCACAACGGAUGCCAACCAACAUUCAGAAUAUGUCUCCAGAAUCUGUGCACAAAUCGAAGAAGACUUCGAAGGUCCAUUUGUAGCUAUGAAGCUGUUAUCAUACAAAAUGUUGAGUCCUAAUCAACAUGAAUCACUACAUUCGUUAGAGGUAAAUUAGUUUCUUCGGAUUUUAUUUUUAGGUAACCAACAUAACUCUCAAUCUUUUACUACAAUAUCUUUACUACAAAAUUAACUUUGGAAACUUGUUAUCAUAUCAAACAAUGCCUUUUAGGUAAUGGAAGCCGUAGUAAACCGAGGAGGCCUUCGUUGUGCCAAUGAAUUAGGGAAGUACAAGUUUCUUAACCAGUUUAUUCGCUUACUGUCAUCUAAAUACCAAGGUAAUCAGACAGCAGAGAAUGUGAAGAAGAAAGCCAUAGAAUUACUGUAUGCUUGGUCUCAGUCAUUUCGACAUUUGGACAAGCUACGUCAAGUUUAUGAAUCUUUGAAGAAAGAAAAAAUAAUAGAAAGUGAUCCCUUGUUGAAUAAUGUUAACAUACCUAAACUAAACACUCGAGAACAGAGAGUCUGUGCAUUGGCAGACGAAGAAAAGGAGAAGUUAUUGUCACAAUUACUGAAGAGUAAGAACCCAGAUGACUUACAGGCAGCCAAUCGAAUGAUCAAAACUAUGGUUAGAACGGUAAGUUAUGUUAUGCAAAGCUCCUAAUAGUAAGUUAUUAACACCAAUAUUAAAUUUUACAUAUUAUAUGAACAACUUCACUAGUUUACAAUACCUAAAACAAACACAUAAUAGUCACAUCAAUCACGUUUACAGGAAGAAAACAAGUUCGAAACCGAAAAGAAGCGCAACGAACUAAUGGAAACCUCAAAAACAAAGUCAGGCCUCCUCUCUGACCUUAUGAAUGCAGCAGAACAAGAUACCAGAUCUGCCGACAUUACCUUGAUGUAUGAGCUAUUCGAAAGUCUGAUCCAACUUCGGCCCAAACUCUUCCAUUUAGCUGCAGAAGCGGCCGAAAAGAAUGAUGAAAGAAUGGCAGAGAUCUUGGCUCUCAAUGAUGACUUGAACCAAGUAGUACAGAGAUAUAAAGGAAACUUUGAAGAAUAUGUGACAGAACAGAGAAAGAAAGUUGGUGAACAUGUUCAUGGUAAGACGCUAAUAACUUUUAAAUAGGUUGUUUUAGUUAACAAUGCACAAAUGACCGAACCUUGCCUCAUCGAUGGCUUUGAUGACAAUGAUACCAAAAUGAAGGAUAUUACAGACAAAAUAAGCGCCACCAAAGUCACGUAAGUUUAAAAAGGUCAUACAUAAUAAGAGGUUAAAUCAUAUAAAAAAGAUUUUUUUACUUCAGAAACGACCCGCAAUCAUCAAGUGACAUAUCAGAGUUGCUUGACUUUUCAAUGCCUUCUACUUCGAAUAAAGUAACUGGUAGUCAGCAAAGUUUGAAGACAAAUCAAGAUGAUCUCGAGAGUUUACUAUCCAGUACUCCUUCAGUUACAGUACAAAAAUCAGAAAAUGUAAGUAUAAUAAACUAAAAAUAUGGGCCCAAUCCAAAACGAUGUCCACUAUAUACGUUUUUUAACUGUGUAACCACAAUUUUACUAUAGUAAUCUUUCAGAAUCACACGGCAGAAAACGACAACUUCCUUCUCAAAGAUGUCCACAUUAAUUUAGAUUUAAUAACCUUUUGUAAGUUUUAUCUUAAGCUAUUUUUUCACUUUAAAUGUAAACCAUUAACAUAAACAUCAACUUUACACAUACCAAUCAAUAUUUACAGUGUCCAACCAGCUAGUAGUAUUCUGUGACAAACCUGUAGUAAAAGGGAUACUGUACCUAAUAAAACCCAACACUCCCAUAAACGAUUCCAUCGUUUGUGCUCUAGCUACACUCACAUUCACAUCAACACAAAGCUUAUCAAAUGUCACCUUAUACUUGAGUUCCAAAUCGCCAGUAAGCCUUUGAAAAUUCUUGAAUACUAUUUACUUACUACAACUACCAAAGUAUCGUUACUUAUGUUAAUAAGUAACGGUAUUUUGGUGCAUAUAUAUAAGUGUUGUUACUCACUUUAAUACCGUAUGUUCGUGACUAAUGCCACAUUUUUAACAAAUACAAUUUUAGUUAGUCACAUAUCGUAACGUAGAUGUCCAAAAACAUACGAUAGCAGCCAUAAACCCAUUGAAGCCCAUUCCUACCAUAAACCAAGUGUUCUUACUGUUACCGUUGGCUCAAGGCCUUUCCAAUGUAAGCGUUUUACUAUUUGUUCUAAUCUAUAUCACAAAAACUAUUCAAUACCAGUUUAAAACUAUAAUUUGAAAAAUUACCUAUCAUCUGACAUUAUUUUAGAUUGAAUUGGAAUACCAGCUAACCAGCGACGCAUUUAAUUAUACGGGCAGCUUCACUCUUCAGAUAUAA